AUGUUCCAAGCGAGCGUAGCAGGCUCUAUAAGGACGAUAGAGACUAAGCUUAACCUAAGAGGCGAGCCUGCGCAGAGAACAGCUUCGAUAUGUGGCUUAACCUCACUCCACAGCUCCCUGGCCAUCUUUGAACUGAAUUACACGGUAUCUUAUACGGCUUCACCUGAGCUUUGUCCAAAUAGUCGGAAGGCACUCCGUUGGGAACGUAAACUAUGGUCUAGGUCUAGACCAAAAUAUAGGCACUCUAUACGAUACCCAUAUACCGAAUUAUGGAUCAUAAUAUCAUACAGUAAUUGCAAGAGUAGACUGAAGUUAAGGGAUCUAUCCAGGAGUUCUUGUCGAAGAGCUCUAGAAGCCCGUCUCUUUAGGGGAGCUCACCCGAUCACAAAGUUGGCCUUGAUCACGUUAGAGUCACUAGUGUCUCAUGGGCCACGUUCAGUUGUACUUAAACUGUGGGACUCGAUCUCAUCUUUAUCUUAG